ACGGCUCUUCCUCCUCCCGUACCCACGGGCCAUGAAUUUUCCGAAUUAACUUAGUUUCUAAUUUCGGAAACCUACAUCCAUUGUUUUUCUUCGCCUCAGGCGUCGAGGACUCGUGUUCACGAGGACUUCGUUUUAGGAAUCCAAGAGUUACUUUUUUUAAUAUUCUUUUCCGAUGCUGAGAAUUUUUUUGGCCUCAAUUAGAGUAAGAGCAUUAUGGUGAUUUUAUUUUUGGCUUUCAUUUUUUUCUGGUUUCCAAAUAAACCAUGUAGAAUUUUGCAACACGUUCUUUCUUCUUAUUUUGUUCUCAAAGUAUUUAAUGCUGAUUUUCUUUUGGGAAACCUAAUAAUUUUGCCAAGCAUUUAUUGUAAGGAUUAGAGUUUCAUUUUCAUAAAACCACUUUUCUUUCUCGACCAUAUCAAUCUAUCGGGGGAGGACUUGUUGUUGGUAUGGAGCACAAGUUUCUCGAUCCAUAUUAGCAUCAAAAGGAAUUCUCCUAGAAAUUUCGAAGUGAGCCAUUGGAAAUCGGAGUAUUUCAGCGUUCGUUUCAAUGGUUACUCCUCCGGAUCAAGCCUCAGCUAGCUUCAUCCCUCAUCCUCCUCUUCUUCUUGCCGCUGCUAGCAGCGACGAUGUGAUCAUGUUGCAGCCGAAGAACCCAGCAGACCUGGCAGAAUUUGAGGCUCCCCCUUUCAAGAGACCAAGGAAUUGGGAUGGUGUCCCUCUGAAUCCACUGGCAGCGAUUCCUGCUCCUCCAAACCCUCCAACCAGAGGAACAAAUUAUAUGUUCUUCAAGACCAGGCUCUGCCAGAAAUUCAAAACAGGGUCUUGCCCCUGGGGUAGCAAUUGCAACUUUGCGCAUGGAAUCGAAGAGCUCCGCCAGCCCCCACCCAAUUGGCAGGAACUUGUUGCGGGGGAACGGGUGAAUGGCAAUGACCGACAGAGGAUCCAUAAGAAUAAGAUCUGCAGGAAGUUCUACAAUGGAGAGGUCUGCCCUUAUGGGGAUCGUUGCACCUAUCUCCAUGUGGAACGAGAGAGCUCAGCGAUGGCCGUGGGGUCUAUGCCAGGGCCCGAAAAGGGGGGUCAUGGAAGUGGAUUGCAUAAUUCUGAUAGUACUGGGGGAUUUAGAUCUGCAGGGGACUGUAAUGGGUCUAAUCAGAGGCUAAAGGUGAGGAUCCGUUACAAGUGGGAGACCACAGGUCAUUGCUCCUUUGGUGAAAAAGGCAUCUAUGCUCAUAGCCAUGCAGAGCUAAAGAAAUCUGGAGGCCAUGGGGAGUUAGAUAGUGCAAAAAUUGGAGCCGCUCCAUCAAAACCUCUCUCUAAUUCAACAAACGACGUCCCGUUCAUCAAGACAGAGUCCACUUGUAUGCGCCAAGCUCAGCAGAAGAAGAGUGUUUUUCCAAAUUUGGCAAAGAAACUUAGUUGCAUCUAUGCAGAUUGGAUUGAUGAUGUUCCCCUCUUUUCCCGCACCUCUUAAAGCAAAGCAGAAACUUGAUUCAGGGCCUGUCCAUCAACGGCUUUUUCUUUAAUCAAAUAAUUUUUGCUUUUGUGUUCCCAACCGAUAUUAUACUUUGGCUCAGCGGGAAGUUUGGUGGCCAUCUAUAUGUUAGCACACAACUCUCCAUCCAAACAUUAUAGUGCUGUCCCUCAAUUCUGAAUCAUGAGAAAGUACAGAGAUUUUUCUUUUUUGUCAUAAGUUUGGCUGAAUAUUACUAUAUUCGGUAUUUUGUUGUUCUAUUAGGAGCAUGAUGCACUUUAGAUUUUGUUGGUUGGAAGGUAAAAGUUGUAUAAUAAUAUGACCACAUCAGA